AUGAGACGAACAAAUCGGUUAAGACAAUGUGUUGAAGUGUUUCAGAAGGUGUUAUUAUUGCGUGGUGAAUCGAGUAGACUUGUGAAUUAUGCUAUUCCUGUUGCUGCACGAGGGAGAACAGAAAUAAUUUUACCCACUUCGAUCCGAUCCUAUAAGUUACCGAAACCCCAGAUCUACAGAUUUAUAUUACAGUUAAAUAUAUUAUUAUGGUACAAGGAAUACAAGGACGAAAGUAUGUGCGAGAUAAGCGGAGGAAACGUUGACAGGCUACGAGCAUCUUGGUGUUAUGUAUAUGCGGUGACUAGAGCAUCUGGCUUAAGAAAUCAAAAGAAAAGUCAAACCAUCAAUGGUGAUCAAUAG